AUGCUCACUGAUGGACCCUCGUCACCGCCCUCGACCUCGCCGACUCCACGGUCUGCACGCUCGCAGACUCUGUCGUCCGGCCACCACAGCGCCUUGUCGCCCUUGAACCCCGCUUCGUCCGCGACUGGGACGUUUCCAAUACCGCGCUCAAGGCCAGGCUCUCGUGGUUCUCAAUAUCUUACCAACCGCUUCGCCUCAGACCACUCGGCAAAUACGGCCAGCUACUACAAUACUUCUGAUUCAGCGUAUCCAACAUUCGCCGCUCCAAGUCCAACGGGCCUCGGUGGUGCUGGGACGAGAGCGUCGAUGGUGCUGUAUAGGUUGGCGGACGACAUAGUGUCGCCUGGUGGAAAUAGAGAUUCGGUCAGGGACUCCACAUUAUUGCCGCCCGAACGGAAAUUCGCUCGCGACAGCGUCUGGUCAUCAUCAGGAGACAGCUUCGUCAGCAUCUCUUCGGAUAGAGACAGCAAGUAUCCCUCCGACUUAAUGUCGCCCUUCCCAACUACCCCAAGAGGUUUGGUGCCAUAUGCUUACGACCCUGCGUCCGACGAACUUGAACCACCUGAUGAAGAGGACAUGCUGCAUGACCCGGACGAUAAAGCGUGGAUCAGCGGCGGCGGCAAACGGCAUCCUGGCCUCAAGCGCGCCUUUCCUUGGCGAGGAAUACUCAACGUCGCCGUCCUCAUUAUCCUCAUCCUCGCCCUCCUAUGUCUUUUUAUCUUCUACCCGGUCCUCACGUUCUACCAGAACUCGGCGAGAAAUCUGAAAAUCGAUGGCAACAUACGGAUAAACGCGACCGGCCAGGCGCCAGUUUUAUUCCAGAUGCCGGAUUUGAUUGACAAAGAUACCCCAGACGCCGCGAAGUCACGCACAGGAUUCGAUGGUCAUGAAUACGAACUCGUCUUCUCGGACGAAUUCAACGUAGAUGGGAGAUCCUUUUACCCAGGUGACGAUCCAUUCUGGGAGGCGGUUGAUCUUUGGUAUGGUGUGACCGGCGAUAUCGAGUGGUAUGACCCAAGUCAAGUGACGACGAGGAACGGUAAUCUGGUCAUCACGAUGGAUAGUAUCGAGACCACGGUACCUGGUCAAACAGUAGGUUCGACGGCACCUUUCACUGCGGCUGAAAACCACGCCCUGAACUAUAAAAGCGGCAUGUUGCAAAGCUGGAACAAGUUCUGCUACACGAGCGGCUAUAUCGAAGUCAGCGUGGUCUUGCCUGGGGCCAACGAGAAUGCACAAGGAUACUGGCCUGGCGCAUGGACUAUGGGCAACCUUGGACGACCAGGGUACCCGGGCUCGACGGAUGGGACUUGGCCCUACACAUACAACACCUGCGAUCUCGGAACUUUCCCCAACCAAACCUUGAAGGAUGGAUCAGGGCCCGCUGCUGCUCUCCACUCGGACGCCUCCAGAGAGAAAUACAAUUUCGAGCUCAGUUGGCUUAGCGGGCAACGUCUCUCAGCGUGUACAUGUCCUGGCGAAGACCAUCCUGGACCCUCCCAUGAUCGCGGCCGUGGUGCUCCUGAGAUUGAUAUCUUUGAGGCGUCCAAAGACAAGCAAAACCCCGUUGGUUCCACCGUUUCGCAGAGCGCACAAUAUGCUCCUUUCUCCCACGAUUAUCUCUUCUUGAACUCGUCGGCAGAUGAGUGGGAGCUGCUGAACCCUGUUAUCACGCGUCCCAAUGGCUUCAGAGGAAGUCCUGUCCAGCAGUCGGUGUCGGGUGUUUCGAAGCUACCUUCUGACAUGUUCCAGGGAAGCGGACAAAGACUUACGACCCUCGGAUUCGAGUACUGGGCUAAUCCUUCGAAUGUCGAGGAAGGCUUCGUGACAUGGCAAGUCGAUGGGAGCCAGACCCAUCGUAUGUGGGCCAAAGCUGUUGGCCCGGACAACGGCCCGGACGGUAGUGGUGUCGGACAGCGGCUUAUACCAGAGGAACCUAUGUCCAUCGUCCUCAAUUUGGGCAUCUCUCCUAACUGGCAGACGAUCGAUUUCUCUACCCUGAUUUUUCCUGCUGAGAUGCUCGUGGACUACGUACGGGUCUAUCAGCGCAAGGGCGCAAUCAACGUCGGCUGCAGCCCUAAAGAUUACCCAACGGCCGAUUACAUUAAUGCCCACAUGGAUGCCUAUACCAAUGCCAAUCACUCAUCAUGGCCGUACGCCAAGCCCAAGAAUAGUUUGGUACGUAUCAUUCUAUCCGAGAUCAUGACGCCAGUACUCAUACCAGUUUUAGUGGGACGGCUGCUAACGGCGUUAGACAAUCGAAACACCCUUGUACCAUGA